GUACUUAUGUCUAUGCAGCACCAUCCCCCCUCCCCUUCAUCCAAUCCCCACAGUUUUUUCGUACUCGCACAAUGGCAGCUCCAGUGUUCAGCAACGACAUGCGUGUGCUCGGCCACAAGGCCAAGGAAGUGCGCACCGAGGUUGUCGACCUCGUCGUCCCCAUCCAGCGCGUCGACGGCUACGCCGACACCAGCCUCUUCUCCACAUGGCAGACGCUCCUGCCGAAACUUGACAAGACCAACCAGGCGGCGAAAGAAACCGAGGUCGACCUCGAGCGCAUCAUCACUCAGUACCUCAUGUUCCACAGCGAGGCAAACAACCCAGAUUAUACCGCAGACAUCAUCAUCGAGUUCACUGCGCAAGUCAAGCAACUCCAAGAAGGCGCCAAGCGCGCGGACCAGACCGCAGAGGUCAAAGCCGCCGGGGAGGACACUGUGCGAUUCAAGACGCAGUUUGAGACCACCGUCAAAGCUAAGGACAAGGCGAUCGACCGCGCACUGGACGACGCCACUAAUGAAGUGACGCGCCUUGAGGACAAGGUCGACAAAAUCCAGAAGCAGCUCUCGGAGAUGCAAGGUACGCACAACCUCAAGAACCUCGGCAAUGCCGUGGCUUCGGCCAAAGGCAUCCUCGGCCGCAAGAAAGACCAGGACGCGACCAAGGACCAUGACAGCAAGAUCGGCGACGAUGACGAUGAUGACAAAACUCCGGAAAACAAGAAGCAGCUCGAGGCCGAGCUCGCUGCGGCGAGGAAGGAGCUGCAAGCUGCGCGAAAUGUGAAAAUCGAGGCUGUGGCGAAAGCUGACGCUCGUGAUAAGGCGGACACGCCUGCGACACAGGCCGCGCUCGAAAAGCUCCAGAUGGACAUCUCCACUUUUCUCGCAGAAGAGGAGAAACUCGCCGCUGCCUGGAACGCUAUGGCCAAGGAGGUCGCGGAGUACCUCAGCCUCUUCGUGAAGAACCGCGACAACAACUCACCUGAGACCCAGCGGGCACUGUCGAACCACAUCCACAAAGUGAGCUCCACGCAGGACAAGCUGAAGCAGUUCGCCCAGUCGCUCAAGGACUCUGCAUACAACCUCUGACGUCCUCGCUUUGCGCCGCCGCACUCGCGUGAUGAAUAUGGAGUUGUUUGAGGGUUGCGGUCAGGAUUGUAAUCUACUUAUCGGGCGAUGUAGCACUUCUGUUUUCUUGCCUAGCUUUGUGCUGGGAAGAUGAGCAACAUGAGAAUCGAACAGCAUAAGAGGAAUGAAUCGAUAUGUCUCACUGCGUUGAGCCUUGAGAAUGGAG